CUGCAGGACACGCCGGACUACAUCCGGAGAGGCGCCGCGCGGCACCGGGGAGUCGCGCCCCUCGAGCUCUUCUCCGCCGCGACCUCGCCGCCCGGCGCUGAGGCGGUGGCAGCCGGCGCGGAAGGCCGCGGCAUGCCCAGCGCCGGCGCCCGCGCAGGCGGGGCGCGCGGGGGCGACACCGUGGGUGGUGGUGGUCGGAUCGACGACCAACCAAUUCUGCAAGCGAAAGAGGGCGAAUCCGGUUGCUGUAACCUGCUGCAACAGCAGUACGCUUUGCUCCUGCGGGAGAAGGAGGAAUGCAGGAGGCUUCUGGAGGACCUGAUGAGGGAGAACGUUCUCAAGACCAGAGAAUGCCGUGAAGCGCAAGAGUCGCUUCGUGAUCUGCAGAUGGAGCUCAUGAGGAAGUCAAUGCACGUUGGCUCCUUAGCCUCUGCUGUUGAAGGGCAAGUGAAGGAGAAGAGUCGAUUGUGUCAUUUUGUCAAUGAAUUGAGUGAAAAAUUCAAGGUCUUGAAGUUGGAGUACCAGAAUUUACGCCAAGAAUCACUAGAAUAUAAAAAUUGUGUGUUGGAUGCUACACAAAUGUCCACAACAAUUCAGCAAUAUGUGAAUCAAUAUGCAACUCUGGAACGUGAAUUUAAGGACCUCAAAGAAAAGUUCAGUGAGGAGGCAAAGGAACGGAAGGAUUUAUACAACAAGCUUAUAGAGCUGAAGGGUAAUAUAAGAGUGUUCUGCCGGUGUCGGCCACUUAAUGCAGAAGAAAUAGCUGAAGGAGCUUCAACAGCCAUCGAUUUUGAGUCAGCAAAAGAUGGAGAGCUCAUUGUUAAAGGCCACGUAUCUUCCAAAAAAAUAUUCAAAUUUGAUUCUGUCUUCAGCCCUGAAGAAGACCAAGAAAAGGUGUUUGAGAAAACUGCGCCAUUUGCAACCUCGGUGUUAGAUGGAUUCAAUGUUUGCAUCUUUGCUUACGGACAGACCGGCACUGGUAAAACAUUUACCAUGGAAGGAAUUGAAGGUGCUCGGGGGGUCAACUACAGAACUUUGGAGGAACUCUUUCGGAUAAUAAAAGAAAGAGAGGGCAUUUUCCUGUACGAGGUUACUGUCAGUGUUUUGGAGGUGUACAACGAGCAGAUCCAUGAUUUGCUCCUGACAGGGUCUCAACCAGGCGCAACAACCAAAAGGCUAGAAGUAAGACAAGUUGCAGAAGGGGUUCACCAUGUACCUGGACUUGUUGAAGCACGGGUGACUAACAUGAAUGAGGCUUGGGAGGUCCUGCAAACUGGAAGCAAAGCUAGAGUUGUUGGUUCCACAAAUGCUAACGAACAUAGCAGUCGAUCACACUGUAUACACUGUGUAAUGGUCAAAGGAGAAAACUUGGUCAAUGGAGAAUGCACAAAGAGCAAAUUAUGGCUAAUUGACCUUGCUGGGAGUGAGCGGGUAGCAAAGACAGAUGCGCAAGGAGAAAGGUUGAAAGAAGCACAGAACAUUAACAAAUCACUCUCUGCACUCGGUGAUGUCAUAUCUGCUCUUGCAACAAAGACCUCGCAUAUACCUUUUAGGAAUUCGAAGCUGACACACUUGCUGCAAGACUCACUAAGUGGAGAUUCCAAGACUUUGAUGUUUGUUCAAAUCAGUCCUAAUGAGAAUGACGUAGGUGAAACUCUUUGCUCACUGAACUUUGCAAGCAGAGUGCGAGGAAUAGAGCUUGGGCAAGCAAGAAAGCAAGUCGAUAUUGGAGAAUUGUCAAGAUACAAGCUCAUGGUUGGGAAAGCCAAGCAGGACAGUAAGAACAAAGAUGCUCAGAUUAAGAGCAUGGAAGAAAUAAUCCAAUCACUUGAAGCAAAGAACAAGGCCAAAGACUUGCUCACUAUGAAUCUCCAAGAGAAGAUCAAAGAGCUGGAAUCACAGCUGCUAGUUGAAAGAAAGAUAGCACGGCAGCAUGUGGACAACAAGAUCGCUCAAGAUCAUCUGCAGAAGCAGCACAGCAUGAAGGAAGAGAGCCCGUACCUGAGAAGCCCAAUGGCCGAGAGGAACCUCAACUCGACAGCAGAGAAGCCAUCAGCAGGACGCAAAGACUUUGGGAUCGCGAAGCAGAUGUUCUCUGACAGCAACACUGACACAUACAGCUUCAAGCAGCUGAUGUCUCUCGGGGAGGAGAAGGAGAAUAACCCUGAAGCUGGGCAACUGCCGCCGAUGGCAAAAGCGAGACGAGUCUCAUUGUGCAACGGUGGAGCUUACCAGCAGCCAAUGAACCAGGCCUCGCGCCGACAAUCGCUGAUACCACUUCCACGGAGGAACUCGCUGAUGCCACCGCCCACAGCCAAACCUCUUGCGGCAGCAGCGCCACCACCGCUCGACAAGAUCACAGAGCAGCUGCCCUCACCACCGCUAUGCUCUCCUCCGGUUGUCUCCAACGACAAGGGAAGCCGGAGCAAGAGGAUCAACAGCAUCCUGCGCCGAAGCCUGCAGAAGAAGGUGAUCAUCAGGCCGUCAGUGGCAGCGCAGGCUGGCAGGAAAGCCAGUGCCAUCGCCACCACACAGGGCACUGACGGCGCGCGCAAGGCGGCGCGGCGAGUACCGGUGAGCGGCGGUGCUGGGCAGAGGGUGCAGCAGAAAAGGGACAAGGAGCGGGGGUGGAACAACGGGACUAGCCUCAGGAACUUCUGAAGACUCGAGUCAGCUGCAUCAGCUUAUUAGGCCGAAAGAAGUCUGUAGAUUGGUAGGAAGUUUAGGUGUUCAUAGAGGUUGGUUGAGUUUGUGAGUUCUCGCUUAUUGUGAGAGAACUCUAAUUUCUUACAGAGGUUGAUGGUGCUUGAUCUUAGGUGUUGAGUUUGUGAGUUCUCACGUAUUGUGAGAUAACUCUAAAUUUCUUAGAGGUUGAUGGUGCUUGAUGUCAGACAGAGACGCUGAUCACUAUCAGGUUUACGAAUUUCCAACUUGUGUGUUCACGUAAUGUCUUGUACUCUUGUGCUGAUUUCUAUAUUAGGAGGAUUCCUAUGUCACUGUAAAUUUUCCCUACAGGAUUAAGAAA